AUGAAAAACGGCGUGUUAGCGCGACUGAUGCUUGGAAAAUACGCUCAAAGAACCAACAAUAGAAUCAUUUCAAGUUUGAAUAAAAUAAUUGAUAAAUAUGUUGAACAAAGAGAAGUUUGCAGAGAUUACGUGACAAAAUAUCAAUUAUUUCCAUUGACGAAUAUUAUUGAAUACUUCAUCAUAACUUUUAGCGUUGCUUUGCGUGUGUACGAUUAUGGUGAAAUACGAAUGAAAAGCAUGCAAAUAUUUAUUAAAUAUAUGUACUUUUCAUUUCCAUGGUGGCAUGCAAAUAAAGAAGAUUUAACAAAUGGCGUAUAA